GUCAAAAGGUGAGCCCAGAGGAAAAACGUUAUCUGAAAGAGUGCACACUGUAUACUCAAGGGCACAACAGAAUAUUGUCACCACUGCACAGACUGUAUGCAUGUGUACAGAUAUAAAGGAGCAAUUAAGGAAGCGAGUGGGCAGCAAUAAAAAAGUAGAAACGGGUGCAGGGAUGGAGACAGUAUAAAUAUCUGAGACCACAGAGAGAGUGUGUCAGUUCAAGACCGGCUCUGAGAAGAAGGAACGAGGAAAGGAAACGGGAAAAGAGGGUGAAUGAGCAAGAGAACCCAGCACAGAUGAAAGCGAUGGCAAACACACCAGCAGCCGUGGUCUCGUCUGCGCUCCUGUUUCUGAGUGUCGGUGUUCUGUGCUCUUCUGUGCAUAACAGUGGGGAGUGCUUCUUCAACACCAAAGGGAGCUGUGAACACAUGGGACAGGUGUAUGGGAUAGGAGAGAGCUGGGUCACUAGUGACUGCUACCAGUGUGUCUGUAUGGAGCCGUUUGGAGUAGGAUGCUGUGACCAUGGUUCUAAACCCGUGGACUAUCCAGACUGGUGUGAGAUCAUUCGCAAACCUGACUCUUGUACUACUGUUGCAGUGAUGAGAGUCAAUCAUAAGCUGCCGUGUCUCUGGGGACGGGAACGCUUUAGACCAGCUGCAGGCCAAGCAUGGACAUCUGACAAUGAUCCUUUGUUUUGAGUUCAGCGGUCCAGUCAGGUGUUCAUCAUUAUGUAUUUGAUUUGUAUUUAUAAAUGUAUCGUUAAAAUUGUUGCUGACGUUUGUUGCUGAUGGCUCAGUUUGUUGUUAAUAAUUUGAUGUUUAAUAAACUUCAGCCCAUGUUCAGUUUCUGGCUUUGUUGAAUUAGAUAAUGCAAAGUACUGAUACCUGACAGAUGACAUAAAACACUUUGUUAAUUUGACUUAUUCCAGAACUUUGGACUUUUUAAAUGCAAACCAUAGAUUUACCAGCAACAAUACACUUCAACACUGUACUGUUUCAGCAAAUAUAGUUAUUUAAAAUAAGGUAGCAAAACAAAUUAGAGUGCAUAUUAUAAUUAUAAUU